AAGCAUGAACCUUUGACCUUCCGCAAUGCCGGCAGAGUCGUUCAAUCCCUCACCCUCUCCGCCGGCAUCAGCGGUCUCCUCUUCGGCUAUGACACCGGCGUGAUAUCCUCAACGCUGGUCACCAUCGGGACGGAUCUCUCGGGUCAUGCAUUGACGUCCCUCGACAAAGGUCUGAUCACGGCCAUCACGUCCAUCCUCGCACUCUUCGCGGCGCCCUUUACGGGUUACUUUGCCGACCGAUUCGGCCGCAAGGCGGUCAUCUUGGUCCCUGCGAUCCUCUUCGUCGUAGGCGCCGUCAUACAAGCUGCGGCUGAUCAAGUAUGGAUCAUGGUCCUCGGGAGAGGUUUGAUUGGCAUCGCCGUCGGUGUUGCUUCUGGGGCCAGUCCACUCUACAUCACCGAACUCUCGCCUGCCGAGCUUCGUGGCCGCCUCGUCACGAUUCAAUCCCUGUUCGUCACCGGUGGGCAAGUCAUCGCAUACAUCACAGGCUUCGCUUUCUCGAACAUCCCUCACGGCUGGAGGUUCAUGGUCGGUCUAGGCGCCCUCCCGGCAUCUCUCCAGUUGACCAUGCUCAUCUGGAUGCCAGAAUCACCGCGUUGGCUCUUACAGAAGGGCCACGAAGAACGUGCGCAAGAAGUUCUCACAACGACAUAUGCCGCCUUGCCUCCCACGGUCAAAUCACGACUCGUAGACCAUGUGUUGCGGAAUAUGAAAUCAGAGGUCUUCGCCGAAGAUGACCCUGCCCGUCCCACACAAAAGCCCAGCAAUUUCCGCAACGCAACAAAAGAGCUUUUCACCGUCCCCGGCAACCGCCGAGCUCUCACCAUCGCAUGCCUCCUCCAAGGACUCCAACAACUCUCCGGCUUCAACUGCCUAAUGUACUUCUCCGCCACGAUCUUCUCCCAGCUCAACUUCACCUCCCCGAUCGCCACCUCCCUGCUGAUCGCGCUGACGAAUUUCGCCUUCACCCUCCUCGCCUUCCGCUCCAUCGACCGCUACGGCCGCCGCGCAAUCCUCCUGCACACGAUCCCGCUAAUGGCGCUGGGCCUCCUCCUCUGCAGCAUCACCUUCCUCUUCAUCCCCAUCAUCCCUACCACUGCUCCUCCCAACCCCAUCAUCUCCCCCUCCACGAGAGACGACGACGGACCCGCCGAAGAUGUCCAUCUCGCCCCCAAAGUCGCCCUCCUCCUCUCCCUCGCCCUCUACAUAGCCUCCUACGCGACGGGGCUGGGCUGCAUCCCCUGGCAGCAAUCCGAGCUCUUCCCGCUGCGCGUGCGCUCCCUCGGCUCCGGCCUCGCGACGGCCACGAAUUGGUCGAGCAAUGCGCUCAUCGGGAUCACGUUCCUCCCGACGAUUGAGAACUUUGGUUUCAGCGCGACGUUUGCCGCUUACGCCGCCGUCUGUCUCGUCGGUUGGACGCUGGUCUAUGGGGUCUAUCCCGAGACGUCGGGCUUGGAAAUCGAGGCCGUCGGGACCUUGUUGGGCCAGGGGUGGGGAGUGCAGGGGAGCGUGGCCGCUUUCCGGGAGAGGAGGAGGUUAGUUCUGCAGGAGGAG